AUGGUUUCUUCCAGCAAACUGCCCUCCUCUCGUGGACGGUCUUCGUCACAGUCUCUGCCCAGGCAUUCUGCUCAGCCAGAUCGAACACCUUCUCCCGCUCCUAGUUCAAGCCGAUCUCACUCUCGAAGUCCCUCACCUGUUCAACGCAGCAAAUCUGGAGGCGGUGCGCGGUGCGCCAACCAACAAGCUAACCCCUCGAAGCUCGGCUUCUAUCCAGCAUCUUGGCAGGCCUUCCUGCAGGCAGCAAAGAAGCGGGUAAUACUGGCACAAGAGGUUUUGGGUGCUGUAUUAUGGACAUACCACACGAAGAAGGUGAAGCUUGACAAAGGUUAUUUCCCAGAGUAUAAAGUACCGAUGUCGCGACUACUUUGUGACGACCUGUUCACCUUUCGCACGGAACUCAAGAAAAUUGUAAUAUCUAUUGCGAAGCAAUCAUACGGCAUAUUCUCGAAGGGCAACUCAGUGCACAAGGAGCGCGUCAGUGCAGCAGUGGCUAAGCUCCUCAAGACCGGUGAAUAUCUUCGGCUUCCCGACUCUUCUGAGGGAAAAUAUACCAAUUUUGUGUCGCAGGUUCUCAAGGAAGCCUGCCUCAGUUUUUACUACGGUAACGGUAAAAAAGCGCUCAAGGUAACUGACGAAUUUCAAGACGGAAUUCCUGUCAAUGGCCUUAUUCUGGUGGCCGCAGUUACGAAGGGUGUUCUCACCGGCUUCCGCGACAGUGGUACUGACAAGGUGCCUGACCUUACUGCUGAUACGUGCAGGGCCGACUUCAACUUGCUGCAAAAGUCUGUCGACAAAUUGAUGACCAUUCCCGAACGUCGCGCGGAGCUUGAAGAGAUGCUGAAGGAAUGGGCCGAGGAGGGGAUGAUGGGUGAACUUCGCAAUGACUGGGACAGUGCAGCGGGCAGUGAUGAUAUCAAUAUCAUCAUUUAG